AUGUUGCCGUAUAUGCUUACUAGUAUCAUUUGCCAAUCAAUCUUGUCAAAUGUAUUUUCUCAAGAAUAUAUCUGUCCAGAUAAUAUGAUGUAUUUGGAUCUAAAACCAUGUAAUCCAAAUGAACGAAAUCAAUGUCCAAAAAAUUUUGCUUGUCGACGUAGUCGUUUAUCUAGAUCUGGUAUUAUAACCAAUGAAAUAAUUCAUCUGUGUUGUGAUGCUAAUAAUAUGACAAUUGGAAAUUGGUUUGAAGAGUUGGAACUUUCACCUCAGAUAUUCCCACAAUUUCCAGCCUUCAGUCUUGAUUAUGUAAAUAUAAGUAAUUUUGAUUUGGAGCAUCCAGCACCAGUUGUUCAUUUGGGUGAUGAAAUACAAGUGCUCAAUUAUCCUAAUUAUUUAACUGCUAAUAUACAAGCAUUUCAAUUUCAAUCAGCAAUUCCAACUUCUGGUGGAUAUCUUCAUGUUAUCUCAUUAAUUGAUGUUACUGCAAGACCAAUUGCAUUACUUAUUGACUAUGACAUACCAUCAACAGGUUCUGCUUCAGUAAAUAUUGAAAAUAUCAGUGAUUCGAAACAUCGCUUCCUUGGUUAUAUUAGUAAUGGGACUGUACCUUUGCAAGAUACAUAUCGGCAACAAUACGUUGUAAUUGUUUACAAGACGGAAACACCUUUAAGUGAUCAAGCGAAUGUUACAGCUGAUGUAAUACAUUUUAUUGAUCAAAUCUCAUAUUUUAUUAGUAAUUCAGCAACUGGUCAUGCUCUUGGUAAACCUAUUGCUGGAUUAUUCUUUUAUAUUACAUCAAAACGAACGUUAUUUCCAAUACAACCUAAAAUUCAACCAAUGCCACCAUAUCAUUCCCAAUCACCAACCAAAUAUAAUGAAAAUUUUAUUCUUUCAUGGUUUAUUUUUGAGAUUAUUUUGAUAAUUUUUCAUCUGCCCAUUUGA